AUGUUUUUCAAAAAAGAUAAUAUAAAAACAAAAUCAAAGUCUGGUUUCAAGUCAAAGAUUGUCACCAGAUUCGAUUUUAAGAAACCAUAUAAAUUCAAGUUUGAAGACACCAGUGCUAGUAGGUCUGCUGCUCCCGAAUGUAGAUAUCUAAUUAAUCAACAACAAGUGCAACUCUAUCCAAUAACAUCCAGCACCAACAAUAACUCCAACACAACAUUCUCCUCACCACACAUUCUUGCUAGACCUGUAAAUUAUCACACUACUGUAUAUACGACAACCACAACAACAACAACCACCACGACAACAACUAAUUUCACACCGACCAACACUAUUACACCUACUACACUUCCGCCAUCAAUAGUAUCUAGCGACUUUAUUCUUUCCAACUCGACUCAUAAACAACCAAUACAUUCAUUUGAGAUUGGACAACAAACAACAAUGCAAUUGUUACCACCGAAUCAAAGUACAAGACCAAGAAGCAACACUAUUGAGACAAUGAGAGCACUCACUGGCAGAGAUGAUAAUGGAUAUAAAAUGGUAAACGAUUAUGUCAUUGUUAGGAGAUUGGGUGUUGGAUCAUAUGGAAAAGCAAUCAAAGUAUUUAGUAAGCUGAAAUUAAAGAGUAGACAAAACUUUGGAUUAAAGUCUAGUGGUGGAAAUGCAUAUGAAGAGGUGAUGAAAGAGAUAGCAAUCAUGAAAAAAAUGAAUCAUCCCAACGUAGUUAGAUUGUACGAAGUCAUAAACGAUCCCGAUGAGGAUUGUAUAUAUAUAGUGAUGGAAUAUAUCGAAGGAGGUUCAAUCAUGUCCACCAAUGACCUCGCUAGAAAUAACUGUAUGUCUGAGAAUCUAGCAAGAAAAUAUUUUAGAGAUAUCGUCUAUGGAUUAGAGUAUCUACAUGAACAAAAGGUUAUUCAUAGAGAUAUUAAACCAGAGAAUCUAUUAGUAAAUAAGGACGGUGUUGUUAAGAUUACAGAUUUCAGUGUCUCUCAUAUCUUUGAAUACAGUGAUAUUCUAAAGUGCUCUGCAGGAAGUCCUGCUUUCUUAGCACCAGAGUUAUGUAAAGAAGACCAAUCGAAUAUAUCAGGAAAAGCUGUCGAUAUUUGGGCAUUGGGUGUCAGUUUGUAUUGUCUAAUAUUUGCAACGACACCUUUCAAUUGUAAUCAAAACAACUUAAUGGCUAUUUAUACAAUAAUACAAACACAGGAAGUAACAUUUCCAAGAGAAAUCUCGGUUGAAUUAAUUGAUCUAUUUAAAAGAUUGCUAGAUAAGAAUCCAUCAAGUAGAAUAACGAUUAAAGAUAUAAAGAAUCAUACUUGGACAACAAUGAAUGGUACGUUGCCAAUGAAAGAGAGUGAUCAUUUCAUUCUAUCAGUUACAGAGCAAGAAGUAAACUGUGCUAUCACCUCUGAUUUGUUUAACUCAAUGGUAAGAAUCUAUAAAACUUUCGAAUAUUUCAUUAUUAAAGAUGAUCUUAGUAGUAGUAGUGAGAGUAGUGGUGUACUUGGAUCAGAAUCAUUAAAGAAAAAGCUAUAUACCCCAAUUACUAUUACUUCUAAUAAUAAUAAUAAUAAUAAUAUUAAUAAUAAUCAACAACAAAACAAUAAUAGUUAUAACAAUAGCACUUCUAAAUUCCAGAAUGAUGAUGAUGACGACGAAGAAGAAGAAGAAGAUGAUGAUGAUAGUCAUAAAUUACCAUCUCGAUCAACUACAAAGUCGUUACCUGAUUUUAUUUCAUCAAUUAGAAUAAAUCAAUUCCUAUUGGAAUUAUAUUCCAAUUUAAAUUGUUAUGUUUUCCCAAGCUUUCUAUCUUGUAUCCACAUUGUUUUAGCUUAA